GGGGUCAGCGGGGCAGGGGGAGUUCCAGGCCAGGAGCGCCCCCUGUCACCCAGUCCCAGUAUCUAACAGGUAACUCUCGCCGGCCCGGGAGUUCCAUCCCCAGGCCCGACUCCCGCUCCCUCCGCCGCCGCCCUAAGGUGCUGGGGUGACACGCCCUCCCUGGGAAAGCAGCCAGCCGCUGGAUCUCAGGUCCCUAGAGCAGGGACGGACGUGGAGGCAUCACUCACAGGUGUUCCUUUCUCCCCCAGACGGUGAUGACCCCCAAGCCUGCCAGAACCCCGGAUGGGGGCUGGGGCUGGGUGGUGGCAGCCGCAGCCUUCGUGGUGAACGGGCUCUCCUACGGGCUGUUACGGUCCCUGGGCCUCGCCCUCCCUGAUAUCGCCGAGCACUUCGACCGAGCCUCUCAGGACACAGCGUGGGUCAGCUCCCUGGCCCUGGCUGUGCAGCAGGCAGCCAGCCCGGUGGGCAGCGCCCUGAGCACCCGCUGGGGGGCGCGUCCCGUCGUGAUGACUGGAGGCCUCCUCACCUCGCUGGGUUUCGUCUUCUCGGCUUUCGCCGGCAGUCUGCUGCACCUCUACCUUGGCCUGGGGGUCCUUGCUGGCUCCGGCUGGGCCCUGGCGUUUGCCCCCGCCCUCGGCACCCUCUCUCGUUACUUCUCCCGCCGUCGAGUCCUGGCCGUGGGGCUGGCACUCACCGGCAACGGGGCCUCCUCGCUGCUCCUGGCGCCUGCCUUGCAGCUCCUCCUGGAUACUUUCGGCUGGCGGGGGGCCCUGCUCCUUCUUGGUGCCAUUACCCUCCACCUCGCCCCCUGUGGCGCCCUGCUGCGACCCCUGGAGCUCCCUGGUGACCCUUCGGUCCCACCCAGUGGGCCCCUAGCUGCCCUCGGCCUGGGUCUCUUCACACGCAGGGCCUUCUCAGUGUUUGCUCUGGGCACGGCUCUGGUUGGGGGCGGGUACUUCGUCCCCUACGUGCAUUUGGCCCCUCACGCUUUAGACCUGGGCCUGGGCGGCUAUAGGGCAGCGCUGGUGGUGGCGGCGGCGGCGGUGGCGGAUGCGGGCGCCCGGCUGGUCUGCGGGUGGUUGGCGGACCAGGGCUGGGUGCCCCUCCCGCGGCUGCUGGCGGUGUCCGGGGCUCUCACAGGGCUGGCGCUGCUGGCCGUAGGGCUGGUGCCGGGGGUGGGGAGAGAGGAGGGCUGGGGGGGCUCCCUGCUGGCUGCGGCGGGGGCCUACGGGCUGAGCGCCGGCAGCUACGCCCCGCUGGUUUUCGGAGUGCUCCCCGGGCUGGUGGGCAUCGCAGGUGUUGUACAGGCCACGGGUCUGGUGAUGAUGCUGAUGAGCCUCGGGGGGCUUCUGGGCCCUCCGCUGUCAGGCUUCCUAAGGGAUGAGACCGGAGACUUCACCGCCUCCUUCGUCGCGUGCGGCUCGUUGGUCCUCUCAGGCAGCUUGGUCUACUUGGGGCUGCCGGGGGCGCUGCCCUCCUGCAGCCCAGCUUCCCCUCCAGCCACUCCUCCCCCCGAGAGCGGGGAGCUGCUCCCAGUUCCUCAGGUUGCCCUGCUGUCCCCAGGAGGCCCUCACUCCACUUUGGACACCACCUGUUGACCAUUUUCUUUUGGUUUGAGCCCCUCCCUCAAUAAAAAUUUCCAGUUUUCCUGCAA